AUGAUUGUGAAAAUAUUUCACCGAUGGAAAAACAACAAUGACGUCAUGAAGAAGAAGAACAACAACAUCAACAACAACAACAUCAGCAGCAACAACAACAACAACAUCAGCAGCAACAACAACAACAUCAGCAGCAACAACAACAACAACGUCAUCAUCAUCAACAACAUUAUCAACAACUACAACAACAACAUCAACAGCAGCAACAAUUUUAACAACAUCAACAAUAACAUUAUCAACUACUACAACAACAACAUCAACAGCAGCAACAACUUCAACAACAUCAUCAACAACAGCAGCAUCAACAACAACAAAAACCGCAACAACAACAAUAACAAAAUUACCGCAAACGUCACCAUUCCAAAGAACAUCGCCAUCAUCAUCUUCAUCAUCACAUCAUCAAUGCUUAUUGACCAGAAAUCUCUUGUCCACUGUGCGGUCAACCUAAAAAACCCUUAUCCAUACGUCUCAGCAAAUAUAACCCAGCCGUCUUUAGAACCAAUCAUGAUCGGUGUCUCUAGGCCGGUUCUAUACAAUAGCGAUGUGCAGCAAGGCAUCGGUAUCGAUAUAUUCGUUCGGUAUUUCAACGCUUCGUAUCUUACUGGAGUUUAUUUCGAGUCUGAGAGUGAGUUUGGAGUUCUGGAUGCUAGCGUUAUAAAGGCUGACAAUUCCCAAAUAACCGUCCAACUCUUGAGAUCCAACUACACAUCCCUUGAGGAACGAAUUUACCGACCGGUACUUAAGUACAAUAAUUCGGUUCAAUCCUACUCUCAGUCGAAUAUCUCGAUUCUCGUUAUUCCGGAUCCUGUAAUAACCGAUGUUUCGCCUAAGAAUAUCUUUGCAGUUGGUGGAAUAAGAUUGACAGUUAGUGGGGCGGGCCUAACAUGGAAAGUCCCUCCCAUUGUUACGGUCCUUAUUUGGGAACAGAAAGUACUCAAUAACUUCAUGCCACUACUCUCAGCUAACACUAACACUCUCGUUGGUUCCGGAAAUACUGUCAUCGGUGCCGGAAAUGACGUCAUCGGUGCCGGAAAUGACGUCAACAACACUUCCGGAAAACGUCGAAGGAAAAGAAGUAGCGUUUUAUUAAAAGUAGGGAGCAGCCCGUCAAAGGCAUACAGGAGGAAUAAGAAAAGACAUCACUCAAAGCGAACUGUUUCAGGCAAGCAGAACGGUUUAAAUACACUUUCCAAUUUCGGUGACUCCCUCUUAGGCAGCCAUGGAAAUCUUGUCCUCGACAGCAAUGACGUCAUCAACACUUAUGUACAUAGAAAAUCGUUCUCUAUCGUUCACAACACAGGAUCACAAAGGUCCCUAGGCAAACCAUUCCAGACAGCUGGACCCGUUGCGGAGAAAUUCCCUCGACCAAAAGCCAAGUUUGUGUCAGAACUCUCAAAGAGAGAUAUCUUAGAUGGUCAGAACAGGUCAAACGCGGAUCUUCGCGUAGAUAUCAUCUUCACAUUCAACAGCAACCUGGCCUCAAAAUCCGUCCCGUGCCCACAAAUCCUCAACUUCAUAAUCCCACUUCCGGAAUUUCAAACCAUUUCCGGAAUUUAUAAUUACGAUCCGCAAUCAAGGAAAACUAUCAAAAUUAAGGUUUUGAGUAUUAGUGUAGUGACUACAUGUGUGUAUGUGUGUUUGUUUCUGUUUAGACAGGGUUCGAACAUCUUGGCCGGAAGUUCCGGUUCGGAUUACUUGAUAGAACUAGGUCAAGGUCAAUGCCAGAUUCAGGACGCUGCCUCCAAUCAGCUGGAGUGCCUUCCACCCUUUGUCGAACCCCCGCUCCUGCCUAAGAAUAAAAAUUUUUACUGCUCUGCAAACGAUCAGCUGCAUCCAUUAGUGAUCAACUUAGGCCCCAUAGCCCCGGAUACUCCCAAAUGGUUCAUCAUGUGCGUUGACUACACCUCGCCAUCAAACGACAACAGCAGAGCACUCGCCCUGGGACUCGGCCUGGGCCUUGGACUGGGAUUGGGAUUAAUCCUUGUGGGAUUGUUGAUCCUCUUGAUAUGUUGCUGUUAUAGAAGGAAACGAAAGGAGCUCAAGAGACAGUGCUCCGAGCACAACAGGAAAAAUUUGAAUGAAUUAAUGGCACAGAAAAUCGGCCUUAAUGAGUCGGAGAAGGAAAAGAAAACCGGAAAUAGCGGCGUUGGUGACGUCAAAGGGGCCGGAAAUAGUGCUGGGUUGGCUAAAAAUUUAAAUACUACUACUACUACUACUACUAAUAAUAAUAAUAAUAAUAGUAAUGAUAAAAAUUAUGAUGAAGUUGAUGGUAAACAAAAUAAUAGCAAAGAAAUAAACAUUGACGACGUUGUUCAGAGUAGCAAAGAACCGAAUCUGAACGUAUCAAAGAAUCAAACUUCCGGUCGGAACAAUGCGUCAUCACGUGACGACAUUGAUGGAGAAGAUGAUGAUGACGAGGAGAAGGAGGAGAAUGACAAUGAUAACAUCAACAACAACAACAGCAACAACAACUACAAUGAUAAUAAAAACAACAGUGAUAAUACCGAAGAUGGCUUCGACACAUAUGGCAUCAGAUAUGAUGACAACAUCGGCAACCGCAGGGGGAAAGAUGAUGACGUCAUCAACAAAUAUAGAGGCGACUAUAAAGUUGACGAUGGUGGUGUUGAUGAUGAUAGCAACGACGACGACGACGAUGAUGAUGAUGAUGGUUACGAUAAUGGGGUAAGAAGCGUGGAUGAGUUUGGUGAAAAAGCCGCCGUAGCACUUAUAAAUUCUGCUAUGGGAGACUUGGCGGCUAUCAAUAGCACUUCUCAAAAACAGCAGCAGCAGCAACAACGGCAGCCGCUUCAACAACAUCGAAGUAAUGUUAUGCCGGCUGACAACGAAUACGUCAUUAGCGAUUCCACAAGCAACAUCAACAGAGAUGACAACAACAACAACAACAACAACAACAACAAAAAUAACAAUAACAAUAACAAUAAUAACCAUUACAAGAAAAGAAACAACUAUGCAGACGAGAACGUAAUGAAAGAUGGUGACGAUGUGAACCGAGAUGACGAUGGCUACGACGACGAUGACGUCAACAACAAACAUGAUGAUGAUGAUGAUGAAGAGGAAGAUGAUGAUAACGCCGGUGAUAAUGAUGCUAAAAGUAGCAACUAUGACGUCAUCAUUGAACAACCGUCGGUGAAGAUGGUAAGAGUUAAGCAAAAGCAUGACGGCGGGAGGAAAGAUGGAAACGACGGAACGUCCGAAUACGUUGUCAUGCAGACGAUCAGGAAUGCGAACAACAUCCGGGUCUUAUGA